AUGGCAAGCAACUUCCCCCCAGAGGACCUCGUGGAGCUCUGCUAUCAGAACGUGAACGGAUCCUGCGUCAAAAGUGCCUAUUCACCCUGGCCUCGAGCCAUCCUCUACGCGGUCCUCGCUUUGGGAGCCGUGCUGGCAGUGUUUGGGAACUUCCUGGUCCUGACUGCCAUCCUGCACUUUAAACAGCUACACACGCCUACGAACUUUCUGGUGGCGUCCCUGGCCUGUGCCGACUUCCUGGUGGGCGUGACAGUGAUGCCCUUCAGCACGGUGAGGUCUGUGGAGGGCUGCUGGUACUUCGGGGAGAGUUACUGUAAGUUCCACACGUGUUUUGACACCUCCUUCUGCUUCGCGUCGCUCUUCCAUUUAUGCUGCAUCUCCAUCGACAGGUACGUUGCCGUUACGGACCCGCUGGCCUAUCCAACCAAGUUCACCGUCCCUGUCUCAGGAAUCUGCAUUGCUCUCUCUUAGUUCUUUUCUGUCACCUACAGCUUUUCCAUCUUUUACACAGGAGCCAACGAAGAAGGGAUCGAGGAACUGGUGGCCGCUCUGACCUGUGUGGGAGGCUGCCAGGCUCCACUGAAUCAAAACUGGGUUUUACUGUGUUUCCUUUUAUUCUUCCUGCCCACGGUUGUCAUGGUGUUCCUCUACGGCAGGAUAUUUUUGGUGGCAAAGCACCAGGCUAGGAAGAUAGAGAGCACAGCCAAUCCAGCUCAGGCAUCUUCGGAGAGCUACAAGGAGAGAGUAGCCAAAAGAGAGAGGAAGGCUGCCAGAACCUUGGGGAUUGCCAUGGCAGCAUUCCUUGUAUCAUGGCUGCCUUAUACUGUUGAUGCUGUGAUUGAUGCCUACAUGAACUUCAUAACACCAGCCUACGUCUAUGAGAUAUUAGUGUGGUGUGUUUAUUACAACUCAGCCAUGAACCCCUUGAUAUAUGCCUUCUUUUAUCCUUGGUUUCGCAAGGCAAUAAAACUCAUUAUGAGUGGCAAAGUCUUCCAGGCUGAUUCAUCAACAACUAAUUUAUUCUCUGAAGAGGCGGGUGCAGGUUAA